AUGGGUUGGUUCGACGGCAAAUCCAGCACCGUUUCAUCAGCGGGGUACGUGCGACGACGGGCAUCACCCACACACAGCUCGCACAGCUCGCACAGCAGACGCAGCAAAUCCGGCUACUCCUCCACGCACCAUACGCGACACUCAGCGCCGUCUUUCUUCGGGCUAGGCGGUAGCCGCUCAGGAGGCCGAUCAAGCCCAUCUGUAUUCUCGUCGUACUCAUCUUCGUCGCGACGAGCCCGUCCCCGCGAGGGGUUCGUGCAGCGCAUGAUCCGCGACAUCAAGCGUCUCUUCCGUGAUAUCUAUCGCUGGGCACGUCGCAACCCCAUGAAGGUCUUUAUGAUGGUUAUCGUGCCGCUUCUGACCAGCGGUGUUUUGCCGAAGCUGCUUGCCAUGAUUGGGAUUCGCUUGCCGCAUGCUGUUACCAGUGCCCUUGGUGGUGCGUCGAAGACCCGUGGUUUCGAGGGUGGUGGUGGUGGGGGUAUCUCGGAAAACAUUGGUAGCCUGAUGAACAUUGCCAAGAUGUUUGCGUAG